AUGGCUCCAGCCCGCAAGAGGUCCACCAACAUUGCGCGUCGCAGGCGAACGGAUGACGAAGAUGAGAGCCAGUCGGUGGCAACGCUGGCCGACGAUUCCCAGAGCGACGCCUCAGUCCUGAGCGACGUCGACGAGGAUGCCGAUGCCGACAACAGCGACCUGAGCGAAGUCGAUAGUGCGCCCUCGCUCACACAGGGAAAGUCCAAGCGGAAAGCAAACGGUGCUCGAGAUGCAAAGCCCCGGCAGAGCGCCAGCGACCGCCAACCCUCCCCGCCUAUAGCCCGCUCAGAUGUCGCCUUUACUGCCCUCAAGGAGACGGAAAUCAUGAUGAAUGGGCUGAAGAUUGGAGAGGGCGCCAACGAGGCCAAGGUUGUCGAUUUUGAGACGGGCGUGGCCGCCGGAGAGGUAGCACCUGCUGUCGGCGCGCCCUCAUCGCGGGCGGAGACCCUGGCGGAGCGGCGGCGGCGGGAACAUGACGAGUACAAGAAGAAGCGUGACUCGGACCCAGCUUUCAUACCCAAUCGUGGAGCUUUCUUUAUGCACGACCAGCGGCAUGCUCCCGGCCAAAACGGCUUCCGCCCUGCUGGCCGUGGUCGAGGGCGGGGUGCUCCCAUCAGAGGGCCGUUCUCUCCUGCAAAGGCCCUUCGACCCAACCAGCAGGGCUUCGGUCGGGGUCGCGGCCGUUUUGGUUCCUUUGGCGGAGGCUUCUCGAGCAGGCGCACAAGCGCAUACGGGGGCAGCGUGUACUCGCCAAGCGUCGCAAUGAGCAGGCGUUCAUCUAUUGCACGAGAAAUGGGCCGCGACAACCUGGUAUCUCCCGCUGGAUCUAUCAUGUCACGCAAUGGCGGCUUUGCUGACCCUAGCCGUCCUGUGGUACGUCUGCCGCCCGGCGGUCCAAGGAUGCCGAGCGGGCCGUCGAUAAUAUCGCCCACCAACGGCGCAGUGCAGCCACCAUACCCUCUUCCACAGAAGCCGACAUUCCGUGAGAACUGGCAAGGUCAGAUCCCCAUGCAUCAGCCUCGCCCACAGAAAACUGUGUCGGUAGCGGGCAUCGAGUCGCCUGCUUCCAUGAGCUUCAACCCCCCACAACAACAGGAGCAACAGCCUUUCCAUCAACAGGUCCCUGCACAUAUCAACGGGGCCACCCAGGCAAACGAUCAAUCUUUCUACCAGCACGGGCGCCAUCCCUCAUACCCUAGCCAGGUAUCUACCGGAACUCCUCUUAACAACAUCCCUGAACGCGCAAUCCACGCGCCCACUUUCCAGCCAUACGCACAGCCUGGCUUCCAACCACAAGCCUUUGUCCCACAAGGCUAUUACUAUCCACAGAACAACGCUCAACCACAAUACAUGGCACCUGCUGGUAUGGUACCCAUGUUUGUCCCUGGUGCUCAACAACCCGGAUAUGUCAUGCCAGUGUCUGCCCCUCCUGUCGCCGCUCCACCAGCUCCUGCAGGCCCACCAAAUAUGGUCGCUUAUGAGUCUAACGGUAUGACAUACUAUGUGGACUCGGCUCAACUGUAUCCUGCUCCAGCCGUGGAUAAUUAUGCUCAGCCCAGUUAUGCCGUACCUGGCAUGGGAGGCAUGAUGACGCCUGGUCCGGACGGUGCCUACUACUACCCUCAGCAGAUGCAGCCGGCAGCCUACUAUCCGCAGCAAUAGACGAUUAGACUAAGAUAUCAAGUCGGUGCUGAGUAUCUGCGUUGCAUUCCAACCGUUGUUCGCAAUCAUACAAUACAUUCUUUGCAAUCGAGCCGGGCGCGUUUUGCUUUUGAUUACGAUACCUGGUGUUCAGGCGAAGCACACUUUACAGCGCAUUUGGUCACCCUCUUACGACAGCGAGGAACCCAAAAAACAUAACAUUAACUUUUCGGGGAGGCAGGUUCAGGUCUUUGUUUUUGCUUUUACUCUCCAGUCUUGUUUUUUUGUUGUUGGAACAAGAAACGAUCUGCUUACGUAUGCAUGGCGUUCUGCGAUUGCGACUGCAAACUGCGAUUGGGUUCCGUUUUGGGUAUUCUACAAUGUUCUAAUAAAGUUUCAAACUUGAUUCCUCGUAAAUGAAACUUGCUGGUCUCC